AUGUCCAACGCGCAUACUCUGAUCAACCUGCCACCGCCGCCGUCCGACCCGGUCACCCCUUCUGAUGUCCCGUAAGCCUGUUCUGCAGAUACCUUCUCCGAGUCCUAGCAAGACUGACUGCUCAGAUCUCGGAGCGGAACCCCCAACUCGACGACGACUUCCAUGUCGGAGCUGUCCACCGUCGCGAUCAAGGACGGUCACCGCGGCCACCUCCCCCACGGCCACGCCGGCCAUGCGCAGCACACGUCCUCGGGCCUCAGCAACCAGCUCGACGCCGAGCGCGCCGACCGUAUCUCCCGCCUCGCCGGCCUCGAACGCGUUACGACCGCCCGCAACCCUCUGACCCCGCAAGGCGCCAACCUCACUCCCGGUGCUGCCGCUCCCCCCCAACACCCCGCCGCCGUCUCCUACUUCGACGCAACCGGCAACCCCACCAUCGGCCGCGAGCGCAGCACCGUCGGCAGCGCCUCUGCCACAGGCAGUGUAGGCGCCCGCACCACGUGGGCCGGCAGCGAGGCAGGCGACAACAACUUCGACAAGAUGAGCGAGUCGCAAGACAUGGACAUGGACGCCUCCUCGGUCGGGGGCAUGAGCGAGGAGGGCACCCCGAGCCUGGUCGGCUUCGGCGAGGGAGCACGCACUCCCGCUCGCCAGAGCACCAUCAGCAGCCCGAGCAAGAGCGCCACCACGCCGCGCGACGCGCGCAUGAUCGACGGCAUGACCUACGACCAAGACGUGGCCGACACCACCACCAGCGACCUGCGCCGCUCCACCGCCAGCCCGAGCGGACAAGAGCAGGCGGAACGCAUCAUGCGGGAGAACAUGAACACCACGUCCGAGGACCGCAUGCGUCGCGGCACCAACGCUCGCGAUCUGGGCAGCUUCGGCUUCGAGAACAGCAAAUAG